CUCGUCCUUCACUUAGAACUUAACACACAGCGAGACGUACAUUGUAACAAUGCGUGAGAUCAUCUGCAUUAACGUCGGGCAAGGUGGUAUUCAAGUCGGUAACGCCUGUUGGGAGCUCUUCUGCCUGGAGCAUGGUAUCGGCCCUGAUGGCACUAUGGCUACAGACAAGUCCUUCAACGGUGAUGAUGCUUCUAGUACUUUCUUCUCCGAGACUGGUGCCGGUAAGUUUGUUCCAAGGUGUGUCUUCAUCGACUUGGAGCCCAACGUUGUCGAUGAGAUUCGUACCGGUACCUAUCGUCAGCUCUUCCACCCUGAGCAGCUAAUCACCGGUAAGGAGGAUGCGGCCAAUAACUUUGCUCGAGGGCAUUAUACUAUUGGUAAAGAGAUAGUCGAUCUAUGCUUGGAUCGCAUUCGCAAGUUGGCUGAUAACUGCACUGGUCUGCAAGGCUUCUUGGUAUUCAAUGCUUGUGGGGGUGGCACUGGCUCUGGUUUGGGUUGCCUCAUUCUUGAACGAUUAAGUGUCGACUAUGGUAAGAAAUCAAAGUUGUCAUUCACCAUCUGGCCCUGCCCUCAAGUAUCUACUGCCGUUGUUGAACCGUAUAACACAGUUCUUUGUGUCCACUCUCUGCUCGAACACACUGAUGUGACCUGCCAGAUGGAUAAUGAAGCUCUGUAUGAUAUAUGUCGUCGCAAUCUUGACAUUGAGAGGCCGACCUACACUAACCUCAAUAGACUCAUUGCUCAGUGUAUAAGUUCUCUGACGGCGUCCCUUCGUUUCGAUGGGGCUCUCAAUGUCGACGUUACAGAGUUCCAGACCAACUUGGUACCUUACCCCCGAAUCCACUUCAUGCUGAGCUCCUAUGCUCCUAUUGUCUCUGCUGAGAAGGCUUACCAUGAGCAACUGUCGGUCGCUGAGAUCACCAACUCAGUCUUUGAGCCGUCUUCAAUGAUGGUAAAAUGUGAUCCUCGUCACGGCAAGUACAUGGCCUGCUGUUUGAUGUAUCGUGGCGAUGUCGUUCCGAAGGAUGUCAAUGCUGCUGUUGCCACUAUUAAGACUAAAAGAACGAUCCAAUUCGUUGAUUGGUCACCGACAGGUUUCAAGUGCGGUAUCAACUAUCAGCCUCCUACGGCGGUUCCUGGUGGGGAUCUGGCCAAGGUUAUGCGUGCGGUUUGUAUGAUAUCUAAUUCAACUGCCGUUGCGGAGGUCUUCUCUCGAAUUGACCAUAAGUUCGAUUUGAUGUACGCCAAGCGUGCCUUCGUGCACUGGUAUGUGGGCGAGGGCAUGGAGGAAGGGGAAUUCUCGGAGGCUAGAGAGGACUUGGCUGCUCUUGAGAAGGAUUAUGAAGAAGUCGGUAUCGAGACGGCCGAAGAUGAUUAUUAUGAUGAGGAGGGAGGAUAUGGGGAUGAAUUCUAAAUGUUAAUCUUUGCAUGCUUAAUAACUCAUUGAAAAGCUUCCAGCUUCUUGAUCAUC